AUGUCUCUCAACGCAACUAUCGCGGCCGCUACCAUGCGGUUGGUAGCCUGGGCCGGCCAGGUCAACAACGUGUCUGUUAUUGAUGUGCCUGUUCCCGCCAUCAUCAACCAGACCGAUGCCAUUGUUCGCAUUACCAGCUCUGCUAUAUGUGGCUCCGAUAUGCACUUCUACCACGGCUACACUGGCGCUGACAAUAUUCCGUGGGGUCUUGGACACGAGGCCGUUGGUUAUGUCGAGUCGGUUGGUAGCUCUGUCUCUUCCCUUACCGUCGGGGAGUACGUGAUUAUCCCUGAUAAUGCCCACGACGGUCACUAUGGCCAGGAGCACCCUCUCUCAUUCGGUUCUGGUAACGAGGAUUAUGGUGGUCUUCAAGCCGAGUAUGCCCGUGUCCCCUUUGCCGACAUGUCCCUCAUUCCAAUUCCCUAUAACAACCAAACUGGCAACUUCACCAAGGAGAUGGACUACUUGAUGGUAUCCGAUGUCUUCACCACCGGCUGGCAUGCAUUGACGUACAGUGGGUUUGAGCCUGGGGACACCGUCGCCGUCUUCGGUGCCGGACCCGUGGGUCUCCUCGCCGCCUAUUCUGCCUUGCUGCGUGGUGCUUCUCGCGUCUACUCCGUGGAUCAAGUGCCUGAUCGUCUGCACCUCGCUGAGUCCAUCGGCGCUAUCCCAAUCAUGUUUAACGCCUCCGAUCCCGUCGAGCAGAUCUUGGCCCAGGAGCCGAACGGUGUCACACGUGCCCUUGACUGCGUUGGAUUUGAGUCUGUGAAUGCUACCGGUGCUCGCGUUGAUGGGCUUGUCCCUCGCCAAGUCAUGGAGGUUGCCGCCCAGCAAGGGGGUAUUGCCAUCGCUGGUGUCUACACCGGUGGUCAGAACAGCACUAAAGGUGCCCCUAAUGCCGGCACUGUGCCUGCCACCGUCCCUAUCUCUGUCUUUGAGCUUUGGUCCAAGGCCUUGACCGUUGGCAGCGGAAUCGUCCUGCCCCUCGAGCGCGCCCACUCGCUUGUUGAUCUGGUCGCCAAUGACCGCGCCUCUCCGAGCUUUGUUGUAAGCUCUAUCAUCGACAUCGAACAGGCGCCUGAAUACUACCGCCGCUACAGUGACCAUCUGGAGAACAAGAUUGUCAUUCGCUUCCCUUAA